AUGAACGGGCAGGCAUGGACGACGGCGGAGCCAUUUGGUAACAUGGACGCGACCGAGCAGAACUUUGGCGACUUUGUCGAUUUCGACAACCUGGAUCUCGACCUCUCGGAAUUCAACUAUAAUGGCGCCGCACCUCUCGCCGAUAUUCCCAGCGCUCUCCACGACUUCCCCACCCAAGUGGCCCAACUUCCCCAGCAUCACCACAAUGGCGCCAACGGCGGGCAACAGCCGCAGGGCAACAUGGGCGGCCACUCGGCGAAUGGCUUCACCUUCGACUAUUCGCUGGGCCAGUUCAGCCAGGCCGGAACUCCAGCAUUUCAAGCCCAAGACCACAUCUUCCGCCCUCACAAUGGCGUACCGCCCACGCCCAAUAGCAUCGAGAUGCACGGCGACCCGCACCGCUACAUGCGCCAGAUGGACUCGCAGCAGGCUCUCUUCGACCAGAGAUACCACAUGCGCAAGGACGAUACGAUACCAGACUUCACUAUGCCAGGAGCGUACUUCAGCCCUCUGACGUCCCCUGCACUGAAUGCGCAGAACCAGCAACAUGCGCAUCAGCAUUCUCACGCAACCCCCUCAGGCAGCUCAACUGGGCAUUCACCAGUCGACGUCGACAUGGACAUGUUGAGCGAACCGGCCAUGAUGCAGCAGGAGACGGGACGCAGAUUAAGAAGUACGAACAAGAGGAAUGCGCCGCGAUCCGCGAAUGCGAAUGGCCGUGUGCGACAAUCCCCCAUCGUGAAACCAGGAAGGCGGAAAGCGACCGUUUCGUCCUUCAUCCCGCCCAAGGAGGUUACUGAACUCAUGCAAGAGGCACGAGGAGGCCGUCCAUCUUCCAGUAGUCUCGACGUGCCCCACAGUCGCGAUGGCUCGGAGACGGACUCAAUAUCCCCCGAGCCUAUGUUAUCAGACAUGCCUCCGCCGCCAAAGCCCACGUCUCUCACGCAGUCUCCCGCAAUGAUGGCCCAGAUGAACGGUCAGGGGAGUGCUACGCCCGCCACACCCGCCUCCUUGAUGCGCAUACACCCGUCCCCCAACUUCAGCGACUCUCUCGAGGCGCCGCCCAUGAUGGAGGAUUUGACUCUGCCGGAAGCUUCCCUAGAGCGACCAGCUCUUGACAGGCUGGAUACAGUCAUAUACGAUGGAGAUCAAGAUACCCCUCGCGGCACCGAUAACACCCACGCUCUUCUCUUGGCGUCAAAAUCCAAUUAUCAAAAUAUCCUGGAUGGAACCACAGUGCCUGGUGUCGUUUACCCGACCUCACUAUCUACCAACUUGACUUCAAAACGCACUUCCCACAAGAUUGCUGAACAAGGUCGACGAAACCGCAUCAAUAUGGCCUUGCAGGAGAUGCAAGCGUUGCUACCCUCGACACUUGUUGCUGCCACGGACGCUAAGAGCCCCGAGUCUUCCGCCGCACAAUCAAGUAACUCAAAGGCCGCCAAGGUUGAAAGUGCGAUCGACUACAUCAAGCAACUGAAACAAGAGGUAUCUGAGAAGGACAGGAUGCUUGAAUCUAAAGACCAAGAGAUGGAGCAGUUGAGAAAAGAGUUGGCUGCAUUGAGGAGAAGUAGCUCAGUGGGAUCUGCGGCUGAAAUCGCGUCGCAACUCAAGUCUGAACCAGUAUCGACACCAAGCACCGACAAUGGUAGCGGCACCUGA